AUGUCAGAAUCAUUAUCUGUGAUGGAUUCUACAGAAGAUCAUUCCGAGAAAGUCGUUAAUGAAGAUACAAGUGGGAGUAACGAUGAUACAGCCAGUGUGCGUAGUGACAGUGAGAAAAUGGGCUUCACUGCAACAAAGGAAGAUGAGGACAGAGGGAAUACGAUCGACAUUGAUGAAAAGGAUAAGAUUAGUGACAAAGUGGAAGCAUCUGUCUUGCAGAUGCUUAAAGAAGAGGUAGAUAGAGAAAAAGAAGUCAUAGAUUACAGUAGCAUUGAAGAAGUGAAACAGGAAGCAUCACAAACUGAAGAUGAAGAUUUCAGAAUCGUCCAGCACAGACAUGAUCCCCAAAGCCCUGAAAUGAGAAAACAUCUUGAAUUUCUGGAGAGGUUGAGGCUACACGUUUGGGCAUCCCUGUCAAAGGCUCAGAAUGUCAAUCUGUUAAAAGACUAUGUUGAGUCUGAAUUCUUUGUGAUAGACGGAGAUUCCUUGCUACUUAUGUUUAUAGAUAAGAAAACACAAUAUCUAAACUUCUUCUACCAAAUUGAAUGCUUUCUGCAGGAUUUCACUGAAAAAGGAGCAAAAUAUGUCAUUACUUUCUUCAAGGAUGCAGAGGAGAUGUUCUUUCAGGAUCCUCAUUUUCUUUUCUUACGUACUGCAUUAAUAGAACACCUGAGGCACAAUACAAGCGUAACUGUUCAUACAGAAUUUUCCAAUUGUUUAUCAUCCAAAUGGGAGAUUUUCCUGAAGCAAAGCUAUCCUUACUUCAUCAUCGUAUCUGACACAGGACUGAGCUCUCGACAAAGUGACUUUUUGUCUAUUUUAAUUGCUCAUUCAUUGUCAAAGAAAAUCAAUGUUGUGCUUGCUUCAGGACAGGAGUAUGAUAUUCUUAGAGUUUACGGAUAUCACGUUCAGAACGUAUAUACGCACAGAUUAUUUUUUCAAAGGAAUGAACAAGAUCUGCGAUGCGCCUGUGAAAACCUAAUCAGGCACAAAAAACCAUUGAUGCAUCUAUAUGGACAUCUCAAGCUGAACCUGAAAAGUAUACAAAAAGAGGUUUGCCAGGCUAUCUGUUUGUUGAAACAGCUGUGGCCUGAAGGAUCUGAUAUUCGCCGUGUGAUCUGUGUUCUUGCUUGUGCCAUGGGAUUAAAAAUACACAGCAGCAUGUUGGGAAAUGCAAAUACUACUAUGGGAGCAAACAGAAUGCAAUCAGCAAGAAGAAGUAAACACCUAUCUCCAGAAGAAGCAGCUGACCUCUGCAGGAUGCAAUGUCUCACAGUGACUUUUCUUCUUCAUAUGCCUCUUUCACAGAGGGCUCAGAUUAGGGCCAUGAAAUUGUGCUGGACGAAACAAGUUUUACCACUGAUAAAAAUGCAACAGUUGUGUAUGCAUUUUGCUCUGGUACAGCUAUGUGACACAAAUGAUUGGAAAUUGGAUUUGACUUACCUGCCUGAUUUAAAUGAUGAUUCACUGCUCAUAAAUCUUGCACAUUACUAUGAAGUCGAAUACCCUAAAGGAUUAGAGUUCCAAAAGGAUUUGGGGAAAGAAAUGGAGAAUGACUACCAAUUUUUAUGGGACACUGUAAAAAAGUUGGCUGUGAAAUACAGUUUUGGAGAUGCUUUCCCAGUACGAAGAACAUCCCAAGUAUUUCUUGAACAGGAGCAGACAUUAUUUAGAGUCUAUGAAGAAGAAAUUCCUAACAUUGGACUAAUUCCAGUGAAGUCUGAUCUUGUUCAAGAUUAUGUUGGAGAUGUUUUGAAAAACCUACCUGUUUUAAAAAGCAAUGACCCUGCAAUUACUUCACUUAUCAAAUACAAGGAAUUCGAUGAACUUCAUCACUGGCAUUCUGGUAGACCUUUGACUGAGGAGUAUGAGCGAGUGCCGUGUAAUGCUGAUGCAAAAUCCGAAAGUCCAGAAGAAGGAAGAGAAGUACAGAAGUUACAGAAUUUCCGUCACUUUUAUGGAAGCACUCUGGUAGACAGCCCUUCAAAACUUAUUGUAUGCGAAGAGGAUGUGUCAGGAAAUGCAAACUCAAAGGCACAAAAGAAGCACAAAAGUAAAGUGGAAGUAAUUGUAGAGGAAAACAUCAGGCGACUAAAAGCUAAGGAAGAAAAGAAAGAACAGAAGCAAUGGCAAGCCUUAUAUAUGACAACUGCAAAUGAAAUAAAAGAAAACCAGACUGUUGGAAUAAAUAAAUUGGAGAAGUUUCUCAAGACCUUUAAAAGUAAAUCUGUGAAGUUCAGCAUAGAAAUGACAGCACUGUCUGCCUGUUUACAAGUCUGGAAGAACCACUGCAAAGAGCAAGGAAACAAAUCUAAAGAUUUAAACAAAGCUGUUCAAGUCAUGAGGAGAAUUCAUAUCCUUCUUGAAAAAUAUAAAGAUCUCUUGGAGGAACCACAUCUACAAAAGCUGACCAAAUAUCUAAAACUCCUUGGAUUUGAGAAUUUGGCAUGCUCUCUAUCUGGCCAGACAGGAGAAAGCAGUAAUCAGAAAAGAAGCAAAUAUGCUAUUGAAGUGGGUUCAGCUCGCUUUCAACUACAAUACAUGGAUUGUUACUUGCUCAGAGAAGAGAGAGAUGAUCCAGAUCCCCGAGUGGAACAUUUCAUACCAGACACAUGGCAGCGAGAACUUCUUGAUGCUGUAGAUAAUAAUGAAUCUGCGGUGAUUGUUGCUCCCACUUCCUCAGGAAAAACAUAUGCAUCAUACUAUUGCAUGGAAAAAGUUCUGAAAACGAGCAAUGAAGGAGUAGUUGUAUAUGUUGCUCCUACAAAGGCCCUUGUAAACCAAGUGGUAGGAACUGUAUGCAGUCGUUUCACCAAGAAACUUCCAAAGGGAUUGACAAUGUGUGGAGUUUUUACACGGGAUUAUCGCCAUGAUGUCAUGAAUUCUCAGAUACUAGUGACAGUGCCUCAGUGCUUAGAAAUCUUGAUGCUGUCUCCUCGUUGCCAGAAAUGGACCCAACGAAUACAGUAUGUUAUAUUUGAUGAGGUCCAUUGUCUUGGAGGUGAAAUUGGAGCAGAGGUUUGGGAACAUCUUCUGAUAGCAAUUCGAUGUCCAUUUUUGGCACUCUCUGCUACUGUCAGUAACCCGGAACACCUAACUGAGUGGUUACAGUCUGUGAAAAGGUAUUGGCAACUUGCUGAGAAUACAAUAGAAGGAAGCUCUACAAACUCUGGAAAGAACUUUACAAGAAAAUGUAAAGUGGAAUCUAAAGUACAAGAACAAAAGAAAUCGUAUCGUGUUAGACUAGUCUUGUAUGAAGAAAGAUACAAUGAUUUGGAAAAGUAUGUAUGUUCUCUAAAGGGCAGCGAUUUUACCAUUGAACAUUUUCAUCCAUAUGCUGCAUUAACAGUCAGUCAUAUUGAGAAAUAUGGUAUUCCUUCAGAUCUUUCUAUGUCUCCUCGAGAGAGCAUCCAGCUUUAUGACACAAUGGCAAAAGUCUGGCAAGAGUGGCCAAGGGCACAGGAGCUAGAUCCUGAGGAGUUUGUCUCUUUCAAGAAUAAAGUAGUAAUAAAAAAGGCAGAUGCAAGGAAAUAUGAACAGGAACUGAAGAAAGAACUAAGCAAAUGGAUUGUGCUUGGCCAAAGGCAGAAGGUGAAUGAACUACUGGAGCACCUUAAGCCAAAAUCUGAGGAUUGCUCAGAAGAGGAGAAGUGGGAGCAUUUUGCAAACUUUGUUGAUAAGUUACAUGAGAUGGAUAAGUUGCCUGCCAUAUUUUUUAUAUUUAACAUCAAUUCAGUGGAAUGUGCAGCCAUGACUGUAUUCUCUGAAUUGCUGAAAAAACAAAAAUGUAUACAAGGUCCAGAUCCUGAGACUGAACAAGAGGAUGUAAGGAAAAAACUAGGAAAAGUGACCAAAAUGCUAACAAAAUUCCCUGAGGAUACCAGAAGGUUGAGCGCUCAUAAAAUGAAUACCAUGGAACUUCUUUUGGCUAAAAAAAACCACCUAGAAAUAAGGCUUAAAAUGCUAACUACUAUCCCUUCUGGGUGUACUUACGCUGAUCAUAAAGCAGUGGAUGAUGAUACUUUGAGGAAGAUUUUUCAUUAUCUUAGAUUUGAGAGAAAAGGUUCUCUGCAGCAAAGUAUGGCACUGAGGGGAAUUGGGUAUCAUCACGGAUCUAUGUCUGCAAGGCAAAGACGAGUAGUGGAGAUGCUUUUCAGGCUAGGAUACGUGAAGGUAGUCACAGCUACUUCAUCUCUUGCUCUAGGAAUCAACAUGCCAUGUAAAUCUGUUGUUUUUGCUGAAGAUUCUGUCUAUUUAGAUGCCUUAAAUUACAGACAGAUGUCUGGGCGUGCUGGAAGACGGGGACAAGAUAUGAUUGGAAAUGUGUUCUUCUAUGACAUUCCACUGCCCAAAGUGGAAAGACUUAUCAAGUCCAAUGUACCUCAGCUGAAAGGCCAGUUUCCUCUGACUGUUUCCUUAAUAUUGAGACUCAUGCUGUUUGCUGCGAAGGCUGAUGACAAAGCAGAUGCUAGAGCAAAGGUUUUGUCAGUGUUGAAGCAUUCACUGAUGUCAUUCAGAAAAGAAAGAUAUGCUGAAAUAUUAAAAAUUUAUUUUGUGUUUUCCUUGCAAUUUCUUAUCAAAGAGGGCUACUUGGAUCAAGAAUGUAACCCCAUAGGAUUUGCUGGACUUGUGACACACUUGUACUAUCAUGAACCUUCAAAUUUCGUUUUAGUGAGCUUUCUUACGAAAGGUUUAUUGCACAAAUUGUGCCAGCCAAUUGAAGGCUCAACUGUUUUUUCAGAAGAUGUCCUGGAAACGCUAGUUCUCAUUCUAGCAAACUUAUUUGGGAGAAAGUAUCUUCCAGCCUGCUCAAUGAAAUACAAAGCAAUAAAUUGCAUGUUAUUUAAGGUCUUCCUAGAAGAUCUACCAAAAGACUUUGCAGAUGCUUUAGAUGAAUACAACACCAAAGUACAGGAAUAUUUUGCUCAUUUUCUUCUGACAACUGCCAAGCUGGCAGAUAUGGAACAAGAAUACAAACUUCCAUUGUCAAAGACAGACUUUACAUCUCAGAAUUGGCAUGGCUCUGAACUAGCAUCUUAUUUGAUGGACAACACCAAAAGCAUAUCUGCCAUCUCACCUUUUGUAUGUUUAUCUGGAGUGGUUGAUAAUGAUCUAUUUCAUGGGGACAUCAUUAAUAAAGCUGUCUUACAUUCUCUUGGCAUUAAUGUCAGAAACUGCCCCCUACUUCAUUUGAAGAAGUAUGAUAAUCAGGGAAGGAGGAUGCCACUCAAUGCAUAUGCACUGGACUUUUAUAAGCACGGUUCCUUGACUGCAUUGACAACUGAUAACUGGUUAAAUGAAGGAGAUGCUUACAACGCCCUCAAGGAUUUUUCACUCACCAUUAAGGCUAUUGGAAUAAGUCUGAGUGAACUAUGUGAUGAUCCAGAUGAUAAUGUUCUACUGGCAUUUAAACAACUGAGCGAAGACUAUGAAGAGAAACUGAAGAAUAAAACCUGAAGAAUAAAAACAAACCCAAAGCAGCAGAUAUUCUUACCACACAGAUAGCAGCCUUUAAGUUAGAAAAUUACUAGAUCUGAGUUCUCAAGUGAAAUUUCAGAAUAAAGCUUUAGUUAAUAGUCAGUGUAGGUAAUACAAAGUUUACUUUAGGAAGUUAACCUUCACCAAUUGACAUUUUAGCAGCUCUAAUGUCAACUAAAUUUUUUUAAUAGAUUGCAAAACUAAGUAAUUAUACAUUAUCUUUCAGUUGCACUUUUUUUUUCAGGCAGUGGCAUAGAUGUUAAGAUGGCUCUCACAGAUGUACUGAACAAAUGUCACAGUUCUGACAGCUGGUGAGAUUAGCCUCUCAGUAGGACAGUAUUAGAAACUUUCAGCUCCUUGGUGAAGGAUGUUCAGCAAUUAUAAUAAGAUAAAUUGUCCUGUUUUCCAAGAUUUCUGUUAAAUUUUGAAAUAGUAUCUUCAUGAACCAUUAUAAAAGCUUUUAAACUGGUCUGCAGGUUUAGUUUACAAAAUUUUAAAUAUAUAGAGGGUUUUAUAUCAGAACAGGGAAGUUUGAUUAAUAAAAAGUUCCAACCCUAUUGCUUCAUUUUUCACCUCUUUAAGAGUCAGAAAGAUCCAGGACACUUCCAGCAUACUUAUCAAGAAAUCCAUGCAAUACAAAUCACUGAUGUUUAGUAAAAUAUGCUUUCUAACUAAUUUUCUUGGUGUUUCCUUUUUUUGGGGUUUGUUGUUUUGUUUUUUUCUGGGAAGAGCAAAGUUUUCAGCAGUAUUUUCAUACGAAUGCUUCAGUUUAACACUACCUUUUCAUCUACCUGUAAUUGGAAAACAUAUACACAAACACAUACCUAUGUUUAGAUAGUGUAGGAAAGUGAGGCUUUGAUAACAUCCUCAAUGACCAAGGGAGUGAUGUAAGUUACUUCUCUACUGAUAAUUAGCAGACAUGCACAAAGGACAACUCUGAAUCCCAUAAUUGCCUAGAAUUGGCUCUAGUGUUCAUCCAAGAUCUUGACUUUCCUGGUUCUGGAUAAGAUACGGUGAAUUUUUGCAGUAGCCAGGAGGGGGCAUGGCUAGGACAUGCAGGUUAUUCUAUACCACCUCAAGAUGAAAAGAAGUAAUAUUCUAAGAAAAUUCAAAGAUUUCAGAUUAACCUUAGCUCAUUAGGAUUUUUUUCAAUGAAGGAUAAAAAAAGAUUUCCUACAACUUUCUAGCAACAAAUUUUAUAGGUGCCUUAUAUGACUCUGUAAAAUUGUUCCAUUUCUCUCAUUUUUAUCAGAGGGAGACCAACUUCCAUCCGUGACACUCUGCCAUGAUCAUCUCAGCCUUUGUUUUCCAUUUCUCUACUACACAUGUAGAAGAACAUGAUAAGAAUGUCUAGAGAUAAAAGCAGAAAAAUUCUUAGGAGAAAACUGAAAUACAGUAAUAUUUUAGAGAUGAACAUAAAGAACUAGAAAACUGACAAUUAAGAGAAUUUUCAUCACCUUCCUUACUAUAAUGCAGACAGAAAGGUAAGAUUAUUCAAGUUUUAUAAAUACUAGAAAUACCCAGAAUAUUUAAUAAAGGAAUGCACUGCCACAGAAGAAUUGAGGCCAAGAAUUCAAAACAAGUAAGGUAAACACUUCCUCAAACAACAACAGUAUUUCUAAGUACUAUGUCACAGUAAGUCUAUUAGUAAGUGUUGCAGAGAUUUAAAUUUAAGUAGUAUUUCUCUUAUAAAGUUACAGAGAUAAUUUGCAGAUUAUUUAUUUUUCUAGUUGCCGCUGAGGAAGUCUGAAAGAAUAUUAAACAUUCUGCAUUUUAAUACUUGCCAGUUGACAUAUCCAUCUAACACAAAAUUAAUUUAAAAUCUGGCACCAGCUUUUGGUGAAGAGUGAACAGGCAAUGAAAUAGAGCUUUACUCUGAAAUAGUACUACUGUCCCUGCAUUCCAAUAAUUAUCUUGGAUCCAACAAAAGGGUUAAAAAAGUAGAAAAGAUAGUCUUUUUAUCCUCACUUGGUAGCAUAUUUCACAGACUAAAAUUCAGUGAGUUUUGAUUAAUUAAUACAUAGGAUUUUUUCCUUUUUCUUGUUGUUACACAGAUUUUAAAAGGAAGCUUUUGUCUUAAAAGCUAGGUUCUCCUAAUGCUUUCAUCAAAACAGCAAGUUAAUAUCUUUCCAAGUAUACUCAAGCUGUUGCCAAAAGGAACUGAAAGUGAAUUGUGAUGUUUCCUUUUCCUAAACGCAGCAUUUCAGAAAUGGAGCUGACACCCUUCUGCAGUGUAUAACAAGAACAUGGAUGCGAUGCUUCAAUUCCAAAAGUGCAAGAGAAAUUACUGAAAUUAUAUUAGAAAUUGCACCUUCAACAUACAUUAAAUACAUCACAGAAAAGGAAACAGCCAAAGGGAGAUACACAAGGCAAUUUUCAGUAAUGCCUUGACCAUCCUUUAUUUUCCCUGUGGCUCUCUUCCCUCCCUGCCUGUGAGGUGAAUGGUAUUGGCUGUACCCAAACAGCAAUAUACUGCCUCCUGCUGCUGAGGCUUCACCCAACCUGCCUUCGGGGACACCUCAGCUCUACACCACCCAAACAUGCCCCAGUGGCACUUCUCAGAAGGUCUGCAUUCUUGACGAUGCAGCAUUUAUGGCCAUACUUUUAUCUUGAUCAAGACAUGACAUUUUUGAUUGUUGCCUGACUUUGUGAUUACACUACAAAUAUUG